AUGUCACAGGAAGAAAAACAUGGGCUUUUGAACAAGUUGAAAAAGCCGUUCAGGUCCCACUCGAGAUCUUCGAGUAUAAAUUCAGAGAAGGCUCCUGGCAGUGCUGGUACUGGAACUAGCAGUGGGAGCAAAAGGGGCUCUUCAGGGGCUUCAGGAGCAACUAACGGGAGAUCGAUCGAAGAAUUAGCGUACCAAGAAGGACGCAAAAGAGCUGAAAUCGAAAGAAAGGGAGGUUCAAGCUCAGGAACAGGCUCGGGUGCAGCAUUAGGUGCUGGAGCCGGAGCUGGGGCUGGAGCAGCAGUUUCCUCCCCAUCAAGUAAAAGUUAUAUAUCAGGGCAGUCGUACGACGAUGCCGACACGGUAUUGUCAUCUCCGAAAGGACGGGUGGUUAGACAUCCGCCUAAAAUCAACAGACAACCUGUGGAUAAGGACGUGGGGGGCGACUUCGCCAACCAAAAACAGCCAAUUGACGAUAGUUUGGUGAAUACCGGGCAUUUUGGAAAUAAUGCUGGAACUGGAGCCGGUGCUGGAGCUGGAGCUGCUGGUGCCCCUGGCGUUAAUACUACUGGAACAACUACUGGAACUGGAACUGGAGCCAGUUCUAGAGGAAUUACUGGAGCCGGAGCUGGAGCUGGAACCAAGCCUGACUCUACCAAGACCGUUGGUGCUGCUACCGCUGGAGCUGUUGCAGGAGCUGCUGGAACCGCCGCAUAUGUUGGUUCUAGAGGUCAGGAGAAUAACGGAAACCAUGGUGUAAUUGAAAACGCCCACCCUUCGUACAGUGACGAUGCAAACAAAAAAGAAGGAACUGGAGUCUUCUUCGAUCCAAGAGAUACCCAAGGUGGUAUCUACGGUAAUAAUAACGGGGGUGAAAUGAGUGAAGCCACCAAGGCCGAAUUAAACAAGCAACGUAACUUGAAAACACAUCCUUCGGCUUAUUACGAAGAACAGAAGCAAAAGGAUCAACAAAAGAGUGUCGUUGAUGACAUUAAGAACAGUGCAUAUAAUGAGGGCCAAGCCCAAGGUUCGCGUGAUGCUAAGGCAGAACAAUAUCAAAAGGACCAGGCAGCUGGAGAAUCAGGUCAGGAAUCACCAUCCAAGCAUAACGAUCCUGGAUCAGAACAUGCGAAGAAUAGAUCCGCGUGGAAUAGAGAUGGUGUAACUACCGCAGCCGCUGAAGCUAAAGGACAAAGUGGUACUGAUACUUCAAAUUCGCUGUACUCUGAAAGGGGUUUAGGUACAGCAGCAGCAGGUGCUGCCGCUGGUGGUGCUGGUGGUGCUGCUCUUGCUUCUCGUUCUAACAAGAAUGCAACCGCCGAUGAUGCCUACGGUUCACGCACAGGCGCUGCUGAGGGUGCUAACAAGACUUAUAGCACUAACACUAGUGCUGUAGGUGCUGCUAAUGCCAAUGCUGACCUUUCUGACAGUGAUUACGACUACGACAGACAAAUAAAAGAAUUAGAUAGAAGAAUUGCAUCUACACAGAAAGAGAUCGACCAAGUUAAUUCUUCCGGCAGUGGUGUUUAUGGCGCUUCUGCCGGUACACCCAGUACAUCUGCUGGUAUCUCUGCUCCUGGUACUGGAGGCUCUAAACAAACUGGUCCAACGACUACCGCUGCCACCAGUGGUACAGCUGAUCACACUGCUACUAACGAUCAAGAUGACCCUUCGAACAAGGGUAUUCUUGCUGGUACAGGUAUUGCAGCUGCUAUCGCAGGAGCUGCUGGCUAUGUUGGUUUAGGAAAGCAUAAUGAAAAAUCUACUGUUGACGAUGCGUAUGGUCAGGGAGUCAAGACUGCAUCUGCUGAUACAGGUGCUUCUAAAUCAAUUUUGGAUGAAGCUUACAAGCAGGGUAUUAUUUCUGGAUCUUAUGAUGCUGGUAAAGAAUAUUUCAGAAAGGAAUCUAGUCAGAGUAAGUCGGCUGUUGGUACUAGCUCUACUGCACCUGGAACAGGUGCUUAUAAGGGCACGGAUGUGGCCACGACUGAUGUUUACCUGAAGGACACUUCAAAUACUGGAGUAUCCGCUGAAACGAAUUACACAAACGAUGAUUCAUCUAACAAGACCGGAAUUCUCGCUGGAUCAGGAAUCGCGGCAGCUAUAGCUGGUGCUGUUGGAUAUGUUGGCCUCGGAGGUAAAUCCCAUGAAAAGGAGACUGUCGAUGAAGCAUAUGAAGAAGGUUUAAAGGCGGCAUCCAGUUCGCAUAGUGCUGGUAAAGUACAUGAAACUAAACCAGAGGCAUUUGUUAAAGAUCCUAAUGCGGUUUCCAGUACAACUCGUCAAGCGGAACCUUCUUCAUCAAGUAGAGGUUCAAAUGCUGCUACUGGUGCAGCAGGUGGUGGUGUUCUUGGUACAGCGGCAGCAAUGGCAUCUAAUACUUUAGGCUUUGAUUCUGACGAUAAUGAAGAAUAUUCUGAGAACCGUGCAUUGACAAAGGAUUCUGAUUUUGAUUCUAACAGGAAUACAUAUGACCCAUCUAGCUCGACCGGCGAUGCAGAAAUUAAUGAUGAUGGAUCAGCAAAACCUGGUGUCCUUGGUGGGAUCACCGGUGCAGUUAGUGCCGUUGGUGCUGUUGCUGCUGCCAAAGUGGGAUAUGGUAGUUCAUCACCUUCUGAUAUUAUUAAUGAAGCUUAUGAAGCCGGGAGAGAGCAGGGUAAUAUAAUUAAUGAAGCUUAUGAAGCAGGUAGACAACAAGGUUCUACUGGAUCAUCUACUAGCAAAGCUGCAUAUGGAUCUAGCACUAGCUCAAAGACAUCUAGAUCUAUCGACACCCCACAAUUACAAGAUGUCGAUGACGAAGACGAAGACGACGAUGAAGAUGAAGAUGUGGCUAACACCACUACCAACUCGACAAGAUCUGGUUUAUUCGCUGGUGUAUUUGGUGGUGCGGCCGCUGCUAUGGGAUUAUCGUCACUUGACAGAUCAGAUUCCAACAGAAGCGGUAUUGAUCCAUCUAAGGUUGACAGCCAGAAGGAUACAGUUCCUAGGGAAGACCUUGCGAAGACCAAUACUGGCAAUUCAUCUGGCAGUGGUAUCUUAGGCGCUCUUGGUUUUAACAAGGGUGGCGAGACUUCUUCUCAAGGAAAUUUAAUUGAUGCUGCCGAUGAAGGUAGGGACGUCAAGUCCCUACCAAAACAUUCUGGAGAUGCUGGAGCUCUUGACUCUACCAAGCAAGACACGUCAGAUAAUGGUGAUGGUGUACAAAAGGUUCCUAACUUACCUUCCUCUGGUGCCGGUAAACCAGAAACCAAUACGGAUGAUAGUUCAAGGAAAGACACUGUACCAGAUAAGGAUUUGGCCAAAGAAGAUGUAACUGAUUCUAAGGACAGUAGUAAAUCUGGAAUGGGCAUUGGUGCCGCAGUAGGUGCAGCAGCUGGUGCUCUUGGUUAUUCUGCUAGUAAAAAUGCUACUGCUCAUAAUGAUGGUAGCUUAAUCGAUCCAGCUGCAAGAAACUAUGAAGAUGUUGCGAAGACACCUCCCCAUGGUGGAAAUUCUAAGCCUGAUAUCAAAACAUCAAAUGAAGAUGUUGAAAGAAAGUCUGAUGAUGAGCCAAAAACUUCACAAAAUUUUAGUCAAACCGAGGCAGACGUUGCCGCUUACAAUAAAAAGCAUGGAAUCACUGACGAUAAGAGAUCUUUGAUUGAAAUUGCUGAAGGUGCUUCUCCAGAAAUUAAGAAGAUGGAAGCUCACCAUGUUGCAUCGGCUGGUAAUGAAGCUGGAGAAGAAAGUGUCGCUGCCUCUGGUGACGGAGUCCAGCCUGUUCCAAAAUCUGUUCUUCAACAUCAGAAUAGGUUUAUUGCAACAGGUGGUAGAGAAGGUGACUUUAAUGAGAGUGCAGGCUCAGGCUCUCACGCCAAAGUAAGUGAACCUGAUGCCAAAAAAAAAAGUUUGACCAGUGAACUGAGCCAAUUUCUGGAAUCUGCAAGUGAUAAGUCCAGUAACAAGGGUCUCAUGGGUGCAGCUGCAGGCGCGUUAGCCGGUGCAACCGGUGCCGUAGGAUUGUCAUCAGCUUCGGAUAAGUCUAAGUCGAAUUCGAAGAAUGUUGACUCCCACUCUGGAUAUACACAAGAUAAGGGAGACAACAGAACUCAAGGACCAACCACCUCAACCAGAGACACAACUGGUGUCGCUGGUACCGGUGCUGGUGCUGCCUAUGGUGCAAGCCAAGGAUCUUCAAGUAAAAAAUCUGAUACCACCUUGAGCGAAAAGGAGCUAUACGAAUAUUAUGAGGCAGGUAUUAUCCGUGGUUCAUACGAAGCUGGCCAGAUUUCAGGUGCUGAAGAAGCUAGCUUGGCUACAUCUAAGGCCGAGCAGCAUACCGGCGCAGCUGGUGCUCGUGAACAAACAGACUCAAACUUGUCUGAUUAUGGUAGGGCUGCCGCUGGUGCCGCUGGUGCAGGUGCUUUAGGUGGUGCUGCAGGUUAUGGAUUAUCUUCAUCGGGCAAAGAUGUUAAUGCUGAUCCUUCUGCAACAGCCUAUGGUUCUGAAUCCAAGGCCCCUUUACAUGAUUCUUAUGGUCAAGGUGUCAAAGAGGGUUCCCAUUCUAAGGGAGUCGAAAAAGGCGCUUAUUCUAAGGGAGUCGAAGAAGGCGCUUAUUCUAAGGGAGUUGAACAAAGCGCGUAUGAAUCUGGUAAUAUUGAAGGUGCCAAAGAUGCAUCUACAGGUACGUCAGCAGGUAAGAGUGCUGCUGUUGGUGCCGGUGUUGGUGCUGGCACGGGUUUAGCUGCUGGAACUGCGUAUGGGGCAACUCAUGGCAAAUCCAGUAAGCAAAGUACUUUAAAUAGUAAUGAAUUAUACGCCUUCUAUGUUGCUGGAAUUAUUCAAGGCUCAUACGAAGCAGGUCAGAUAGCCGGAGCUGAAGACAUUAGUUUGGCUUCUGGUCAAGGACAAAAAUCCCAAUCUGAUGCUACCCAUGGACAUGGUCUUAGUGCCGCUACUGCAGGUGCAGUCGGCGGCGGGGCCCUUGGAGCAGGUGCUGCUGGUUUGGCAGCAAGUUCCAAGAACAAGGGUGCAGAAGAAAGUAAUUUACUUGUUGAAGUGAUUGGUGUUAAAGAUGAGCAAGCAGCAUCGAAGAUUGCUCACCAAGCAUCAAAAGAACUUAGUGCUCAAGGAGUUGACUUGACACACGGUAAAUUAGUUAUUAACACACAAACCAAAGAAGUCUAUAAGACCGAUGAUGUUAAUGAAAAGGUAGGUGAAAAUACUAACAGCCACACUGGUAGAAAUGCUUUGGCUGGUGGUGCUGUUGGUGGUGCAGCGGGAGCCGGUUUAGGUCAUUCGACUGAUAGACAAGGUGACUUUUCCUCAAGAGAAAGUCAAAAGAACCUUGAAUCGACCGAUCCAAAUGAUCACCACGAUGAACAUCAAAAGGCGAAAGAAAGAUUGUCUAAGGCAGCUAAUGCAGGUGUUUUAGGCAACGUCCAGCCUUCGGGAGUAGGAAACCAAACUCAACAUGAAAGAGAGUAUGAUCCUUCAGCCGGUCAAUCCCAAUCACAUCAUGGCUUGAAGGCUGGCGCUGCUGGCGCAGGUCUCGGUGCAGCCGGAGCGGCAGCAGCUGCAGCUGCCUAUGGUUCCCAUUCACAUGAUAGUGGUGCCAACAGAGGUUACGAAGGUGGAAUUACACCAUCUGAUAGAUCUGCCGGGAACUAUUCAACAGGAGACCAGGAUACUGCUGGUCGCACUGGUCAAGGUAUUUCUAGUCGUGAAGCUAUGGGUCCUGGUGCAACAGGCCAAGGAUUCACAACCGGCCAAUCUGGUUUAGACGCAGCAAAUACUAAGCAAUCAGAUGGUUCGGAUAUUGUGGUUACAGUUCAAGGUACUAAGGAUAAUGCCGAAGCUACCAGAAUUGCAACCGAAACUGUUGAAGCUCUUAAGAAGCAACCUUCCGUGUUAGCAGCAGUUAAGGAAUUAAGAAUUGAUGCUAAUACUGGUAUUGUUACAAAUGAGCACGGCAAGAGAAUUGAUUUAAACCCAUCAAGCGGACGUACACACCAUGAAGCUCAAAAUACAAAUUCAUCUCAAGGUAUUGGUGCUGGAUCCGCUGCUGGGUUAGGUGCCGGUGCAGCUGGAUUAGGUGCAGCCGGUGCCUAUGGUGCUCAUAAACACUCCGACAAGACAGACCAUAAUCAGCAGCUGAACACCCAAGACUCCAGAUCGGGUGCUUAUGGUGCUCAUCAAGCUGAAGCUACUGGCUAUAACAACCGUAACCUUCAACAAGGCUACCAAGACACCCAGGACUCCAGAUCGGGUGGUUCUGGUACUAAACAAGGUUAUGAGGAUGCCUACAACCAAAAUAGAUCCAGAGGCACUGAUUCUAAUGCCUCUGUUGGUUUAGGUGCCGCCGGUGCUGCCGGUGCCGCCGGUGCUUAUGGUGCUCAUAAAUAUUCCCACCAAGAUACUCAAGACUCCAGAUUGGGUAACAGAAGUGGUGACAUCUAUGAAGAUGCCUACAAUGAGGGCUAUAAGCAAGGCUCUUACAGACAAACUGGAAGUUCAGGCUACGAUUCCGCUAAUGUUGGUGGUUCAAAUUACACGUCCGCUACUCGUGGCAACGCUCCAGAUCAAGUUGCUCCAACUACAGCCUCCACCCAACCACAACAAACUGAAACUAGCGGUUUGCGUAUGCCUGGAAGUUUCUUCUAG